AUGGAGAUCGCGUCGUUCGAGAAGUUUCUGCAGGACCGGAUUAAGGUCGACAACAAGGCGGGCGUGCUGGGCGACACGGUGAAGGUCACCAAGGACAAGGCCAAGAUCCACGUCACCGUUGAUGGGCCUUUCACCAAGAGGUACCUCAAGUACCUGACGAAGAAGUACCUGAAGAAGCACAACGUGCGUGAUUGGCUGCGGGUGAUCGCGUCCAACAAGGACCGCAACGUGUACGAGCUGCGCUACUUCAACAUCGCCGAGAACGAGGCCGACGAGGAGGCUUAA